AAAAGCUCUACGGUUGCGACGAUCCCUAUAUACGAAUCCUCUCUUUAAUUCGUAGUUCUACUCGAGUUGCGAGGCGUAUAUAUUCUUCCCUCCGCCCCCUCUGUUUCUUUCUACCAAUAGGCGCUUCAGGAACGUUGUGCGUCAUCACUUGCUGCCUUGAGGUCGGCGGAGCCACGUGCCUGCCCGUACCGGGGUUAUUCAAAGCCGGGAAGGCGUGAGAAAAUCGCUCUAAGUAAUACGUGCCUGAGGUUGGGAAGUAUAUAUCCGGCGGCUGUGCGGCUUCCGGCGGCUGAUUUUGCGAGAAGCUGUGUUAGGUGAUAUGGCAACCUUUUGGAGAGCCUACCAGAGAUUGAUGGUCCAGCACCCCUGGAAGGUGCAAAUCAUCACAGCUGGGACCCUCAUGGGUGCUGGAGAUGUGAUUUCACAGCAAGUGAUUGAAAGAAGAGGGCUGUCUGGGCACAGUGGCUGGCGGACCCUAAAAAUGAUGAGCAUUGGUUUUUGCUUUGUGGGCCCAGUCAUUGGAAGAUGGUACCAGAUCCUGGAUCGUCUAGUGCUAGGCAAAACCAGAGUGGCUGCACUCCAGAAGAUGCUGCUGGAUCAGGUUGGAUUUGCACCCUGCUUCCUGGCCUGUUUUCUGACUAUGGCGGGAACACUCAACGGCCUAUCCUUGAAAGAGAACUGGAGCAAGCUCAAGGAGGACUACCCUGAUGCCCUGAUUACCAACUACUAUAUUUGGCCAGCAGUGCAGGUUGCCAACUUCUACUUCAUCCCCUUGAACUACAGACUUCCUGUGGUCCAGUGUGUUGCCAUUAUCUGGAACAGUUAUCUUUCCUGGAAAGCCAAUAAACUAUAACCUGGCAUGGGAAGACACGAGAACUAUGCUUAAUCCUAUUAGAACGCCUGCAGAUUCUCUUUACUCUCUGUUCAUCAUGAAAUGCCAACAGAUGAACAACCCAGAAUACAUAUCAUAUACAUAUCAUAUACCAACCACAAGGAUGCCCAAUCAACCAGCAUAUGCAACUGCACAAAGACGUAUUUGUGAAAAAGCUCCCAAGUGUUUCCUGAAAAGGAGAACUGGGCAAAAUAAACCUUUACUCUGCAUACUCUGCUAUUAGCAGUUAAAGAAUCAGACCAGCUAUCACAGCUGCUUGACGGAACUGAAGAUAUACUGCGUUAUAGAAUACAUGAAAUGUUGCAAUCAUCUAGGUACUUGACUGUAGAAUGUGGUAGGCCCUUGUAGGAAAACUACUAAUUCCUCUGAGCUAUGUUUACUAUUCUUUAGGAACGCAAGAAGCUCUUUUAUACCUGGCCAGAAUACACUUGGCUCUAAUGGAUACACUUAGCAUAAGUAAAUUUCAAUGUUCUCUUUUCCAGUAGUUCUCAUUUAACAACUGCCUUAUACAGUUAGCAGUUAUAACAAUGAUGAAAAAGUAUCCUUGCAACCAAUCCUUGCAUUUAUGAACUUCGCAGGUCUAUAAAGCAAAGGAAAGCCGAAGUAAGACCAUAACUACAAUUGCAGUUUCACUACCAACUCCUUUGCUUAAUGAUCAAGUUACCAGUUCCAAGUGUGGGGCCAAAUGAAAACUACCUGUAUUUAGCUCUUUGGUAGCUUACUGUGUCAUAUAACCCAAUUUUCAAUUAGUUUAUGGUUUAAUGCAUUAUUUUUAACUCGGUGAGAAUUCAGUAACCAGACCAAGCAUCUUGUGUAACUGAGCCAUAGAAUAAGACAUUUGCUCCAUUUUGCCUGUUACUGUAAAUAAUUACUGUAGUGGCUUUUUAGUGUUUUAAGGCUACUUUUCUGCUCUUGCUUUGGCAUAUCAAGAAUUAGAUCUGAGGCCACCUGAAUGCAAAGCAUGAGGUCUAUUGCUGAACUCACUUUUGAAAUAUUGAGAUAUCCAACUGAUACCUAGCUGAGUUAAUUUUGGAAAGAAUUUUGAAAAUUGAUCAAGGAGAGAUCUAUUAGUGGCACUUUGCUAUGAUAACUAGAGGGCAUCUCCAUAUAUUGAACCAGUCUCAGGAAGCUUCUAUUGUUGAUUUAUUUAUUUGUAGUAGAUGGCAUCUACAGAGAACAUCAAUCACCAAUGUACAAAUUUAGUUUAAAGCAUCAGCAAAUAUGAGUGUGUACAGUAUUUUUUUAUUUAACAGUUUUAUAAGAACUCACAAAAUAUAUUGGAUCCCAGAUCCAUAUUUUGCAACUAAACAUAGAUGGCUUAAAUAAAAGUCAAUGGAAGAUCCAGGGACCACAAUUGGAGCAACAAUAAUGUCCAUUGUUGAUGAGUAUCAUGUAAGAAUGAUUGACUUUGAUGUUCCGGUUGAUUCUAAGGAAUCAAAAUGACGACUAUGAAAAAUAGAAUAUUUAGUCCAAUCCAACUGGAAUCAGUUCUUACAAAGUAGGUAAUCAUAUAGAAUAUAUACUGUAUGUGGUGCAGUGGUUAAGGUUUUAGACUAGGAUCAAGGAGACCCAUUUCUAGUCUGCCAUGGAAGCUCACCAAGUGAUAUUUAGGUUGGUUACUUUCAUUCAAGCCAAUCUACUGAUCAGGGUUGUGGUUAUGGGAGAAAAAUAAGAGGAGGGAAUAUUAUGUAUGCUAUCAUGAGCUUCUGUACAAAAAGUGAUAUAUAAAUCAAAUGAAUAAACA